CUUAGAAGAAGCAAACCAGAGCUCAGGCGCCGCCGCGAAAAAACAGCUAUGGUGAAGUACUCGAGGGAGCCCGACAACCCCACCAAAUCCUGCAAGGCUAGGGGAUCCGAUCUCAGGGUUCAUUUCAAGAACACCAGAGAGACUGCGCACGCCAUCCGACAGCUGCCUCUUGUCAAGGCCAAGAGAUACUUGGAGGAUGUGCUUGCCCACAAGCAAGCAAUCCCCUUCACCCGUUUCUGUGGAGGUGUUGGAAGAACUGCUCAGGCAAAGAACAGGCACUCUAAUGGGCAGGGUCGUUGGCCUGUGAAAUCGGCCAAGUUUAUCUUGGAUUUACUAAAGAAUGCUGAAAGCAAUGCCGAAGUUAACCAGGCCCAGAAGCAAAGGCGCCGCACAUACCGUGCCCAUGGGCGAAUUAACCCUUACAUGUCCUCUCCCUGUCACAUCGAGUUGAUUCUAUCUGAAAAGGAAGAGCCUGUGAAGAAAGAGCCUGAGUCACAGUUGGCAGCAACUGUCAGCUCCUCCUUCGAAGCAGAAAACACCGAGCUCUAUCUUCUAUCCACGCCGCCGGCAAUGGUGAAAUACUCGAGGGAGCCCGGCAACCCCACCAAAUCCUGUAAGGCCCGAGGAUCCGAUCUCAGGGUUCAUUUCAAGAACACCAGAGAGACUGCACAUGCCAUUCGUAAGCUGCCACUUACCAAGGCCAAGAGAUACUUAGAGGAUGUGCUUGCCCACAAGCAGGCAAUCCCAUUCACUCGUUUCUGUGGAGGUGUUGGGAGAACUGCUCAGGCAAAGAACAGACAUUCUAACGGGCAGGGUCGUUGGCCCGUUAAAUCUGCCAAGUUUAUCCUGGAUUUACUCAAGAAUGCUGAAAGCAAUGCUGAGGUGAAAGGUUUGGAUGUGGAUGCACUCUUUAUUUCUCAUAUUCAGGUUAACCAGGCUCAGAAGCAAAGGCGCCGCACAUAUCGUGCUCAUGGACGAAUUAACCCUUACAUGUCCUCCCCCUGCCACAUUGAGUUGAUACUUUCUGAAAAGGAAGAGCCUGUCAAGAAAGAGCCUGAAUCUCAGUUGGCAGCAAGCAACAAACCUAGGAAGGGUUGAUCAUGUUUUGACAUAUUUGUCUUGUGCCACAGUUUUGUUUUGAGUCCAAGUUCUGUGUUACAUCUUUUGAUUUUGGAGGAUUUAUUCAAUCUCUAUUGUAUUGAAUUAUUAGAUAUUGUGCAAUGCUUAUUAUUGAACUUAUAGAUUAAAUUGAUUUUGCUUCUUUUGUGCAUUUUUGUUGUCAAU